CUGUAAAAACUAUCAACAUGGCAGCCACCUAGUUCGGCGAAACUGACGAUGUUAUGCAAAUUGAUCGAGUCGAUUUUUGGCAAUGAAUAUUGAUUAUUUACAACUUUAAAACUAUUUUGCAUGAAGUAGUAUUAGUCUAAAGCAAAUCCCCCAAGAUGGGUUCCAUGAAGGAUAACAAGGAUAUAGCUUGCUAUUUCAUUACCAAGCACUCAUGGAAAGGGAAGUACAAGAGGAUUUUCUCAGUUGGAACACUAGGAAUUACAACAUAUAACCCCCAGACUUUGGAGAUUACAAACCAGUGGGCAUAUGAGGAAUUCAUUAGCAUUGCACCAAAUGUGAGAGCUCCUACCAACAAUGAGUUUACCAUCACCAUGAAGAAGGGUAAAAAGACAGACUCAAUGAAGUUUUCCACAGAUCACAGGCCUGAUCUCCUUACUGAAGCAUUGAAAUUUAGUGGCAGGUUUGCUGAAGUCAACAAAACAACAAAGAGAUUCAAUGCUUUCAAAUGUCACUGGUCAGAAAACCGGGUCCCAGUGAUUCUAGAGGUCAAUCAGGGGUCACUGGAUCAGAUUGACCAGUCCAACAACAGGAGGCUGUGCUCAUAUUUGUACAAAGACAUGGAAGGACUGGCCCAGGUGUCGGAUUAUCCAGGGGGAGUGGCGAUCAUUCACGGAGGAUUCAGUCGCUUGCACCUCUUCGCUCUGGAGCAGAAAGAUGAACUUAUCAAGCAAGUGAUGGAGUCAGCUGCAGCUUACGUCGGGAUCGCUGUGAAACAGCGACGCGAACCAAUCACAACAGAACAGUUCCUCCUCAACCGGAUGGGAAAACACAGUUCUGAUGAAGCGCUGACGUCCUAUGCUGAGUUCACAGUGCAGAAGAUUUCCCAGCGUCACUCUGACAAUGUGAGACGGACCCUGUGUUUGUCGGAGACGUGUAUGGUAGAGAGAGAUCCAGCCACGUACAACGUAGUCACUUGUAAACCCCUCUGUGAUAUUUUUGCAAUAAUCCGUGAUAGUGAAAACCCACAAAAGUUUAGUAUAGAAUAUGUAAAAGGUGCAAUAAGGACAUACCUCUCCACUGACAGAGAUGCUUUGAUAGCGUCAUUACUAGAUGGUGUGAGAGCCUCCGGAAACCGUGACAUUUGUGUAAAAAUGAAGUUCACACAUCGGGGCUAUCGACUGGGUCCUUUCACUGUCCCUGUGGACGAGGAAGUAGAAAGCCAGCAUUUGAAAUUCAUGAUACAACCAGUGACAAUGACGUUUGAUGAAGCAGUAUCCAGAUUUAACAGCAACAUAUCGUAUAGUGGACUACUUCAUGCUGUCACACAGGACGGCCUGUUUAGAGAAAACAAAGAAAAGUUAAUUAACGGUGCUCUAGCAAGCCUGCUGGAUCGGGAGGGAGACCAGAAUGCAAUCCCCACAGCUUGCCUAGAAGCCCAAUUCCAUGCCCUCAGACGAUUGGUCGCUUCAAAAGCCGGCUUUCAGGCCUUCACAAACCUACCAAAGAUGCGUGAGAGAGUCGGUUUGAAGGUGGUAAAAGCUUUAAAGCGGUGUGAUGCAGGUGUGACACACGCGGCCGUCGACAUGCUCUGUGCUCUCAUGCAGCCCAUGCACGAUGAAUACGAUCUACGACAGGAACAAAUGAACAAGUACUCGCUCCUCUCAUCUCAGAAGUUUCUCAAGACCCUGCUGGAAAUGUUCAAUGAUAAUGUGGUACACAACACUUCUGCAUUGGUGAUAUCAGCCAUGUUGGAUUUCCUGACCUUUUCCCUCUGUGCACCGUACAGUGAAACGACAGAUGGCGGACAUUUUGAUAUGUUACUUGAAAUGAUAGCUGCGAAUGGCCGUAUUGUCUUUAAGCUAUUUCAGCAUCCUUCAAUGGCUAUUGUGAAAGGAUCGGGGCUUGUGAUGAAAGCCAUCAUUGAGGAGGGGGAUGCAGAGACGGCAGCCAAGAUGCAGGAGUUAGCUUUGUCAGAGGGGGCUCUCCCAAAACACCUCCACACAGCCAUGUUUACACAGAGUGCAGACAGUCGAAUGUUAACCAACAGACAGCUGAGUCGCCAUCUUGUGGGGUUAUGGGUGACGGGACAUCCUACAGCUAUGGGCCUGCUGCGGCGCAUCCUGCCAGGUGGCCUGUUGCUAUUUUUAGACUCAGAAGCAGAUGUACCCACAUCUGAGGAGGACAGAAUCAACAUCAGGGACAAUGUCAAAAUGGCUCAGGAAAUCCAGAAGAAAAACAAGAAGAACCCCCAGCUGCUGCUGCUGGAGAUGAAGAUUGAUGGCUUUCUUCAGCAUUGGCGGUCAAGGAUUGGACUGGAAAAAACAAAACAGCAAAAUGACCUGAAGCCAGUCACCUUAAGAAAGCGGCGACAGCGCAUCAAGAGCGAGGCGAACUGGCCAUUGUUUUAUUAUGGCUUCAACAAAGACCAUGCCAAACCUAACCUCAUCUGGAACUACAAGACACGGGAAGAACUGAGGGAAGCCCUAGAGAACGAGAUUCGUGCUUUCACAGUCGACAAGGAGCUUGGCUCCAACUGUAUCGUCGGAUGGAACCAUCAAGAGUUUGAAGUACCCUAUAUCUGUCUGUCAGACGAGAUCAAAAUAGGUGACUAUUAUCUGCGACUUCUGUUGGAGGAGGGAGAAAACGAGUCAGAAGAAACCAGUGCCAUCAAAAAGUCGUACGAGUUCUUCAACGACCUGUACCACCGUUUUCUGCUGACGCCCAAGAUAGCCAUGAAGUGUAUGUGUCUACAGGCUAUGACAAUUGUCUACAGCAAGUGUCACGAGGAAAUUGGCGCAUUCAACGACACACGCUACAUCGUCGGCAUGCUGGAGCGUUGUACAGACAAAUUGGAGAGAGACCGACUGAUUUUGUUUCUCAACAAACUCAUCUUGCACCCUCGGAAUGUGAAAGACAUAUUGGAUGCUAACGGUGUGAAGAUAAUGGUGGACCUGUUGACACUAGCCCAUCUACAUACCACUCGGGCCACUGUACCCUUACAAACGAAUGUGAUAGAAGCCUCGCCCGAUAUGAAUCGAGAGAGUGAAAAAGAGUGGUACUACGGUAACAAGGACAAAGAGAGACUCGGGCCCUACAGUGCAGUGGAGAUGAAAACGUUAUAUGAGGAAGGAACUGUACAUGCAAAAACGAGAUGUUGGGCGCAAGGCAUGGACGGCUGGCGCCCUCUACAAUCUGUUCCUCAACUUAAAUGGACUUUACUGGCCAGUGGUCAAGCAGUAAUGAACGAGAGUGACCUGGCCUGUCUCAUUCUCAACAUGUUUGUCAAGAUGAGUGAUUAUUACCCUAGUCGAGAUUCUGAAGGUGCAAUAGUGCGACCACUGCCAAAAAUCAAACGCAUCCUGUCAGAUGCUGUCUGCCUCCCUCACAUAGUCCAGCUGUUGUUGACCUUUGACCCUAUUCUGGUGGAGAAGGUUGCGGUACUCCUUUACAGUAUCAUGCAGGACAACCCCAACAUAUCACGGUUAUACCUUACGGGAGUUUUCUUCUUCAUCCUCAUGUACACUGGCUCAAAUGUACUGCCUGUAGCACGAUUCCUCAAAUCCACCCACCUAACUCAGGCCUUCCGCUCCGACGAGUUUUCAAGCUCGGAAAUUAUGAUGCGGAGUGUGUUGGGUCACAUACUGCCAGAAGCAAUGGUAUGCUACCUCGAAAAUUACUCACCAGACAAAUUUGCCAAAAUAUUCCUUGGAGAAUUUGACACACCUGAAGCAAUCUGGAACAGUGAAAUGAGGCGACUGAUGAUUGAGAAGAUAGCUUCCCACCUGGCCGACUUCUCGCCACGCCUACAGAGUAACACUCGGUCUCUGUAUCAGUACUGUCCUAUACCUCUAGUCAGCUUCCCACAGUUAGAGAACGAACUCUUCUGUAACAUCUACUAUCUCAAACACCUAUGUGAUACGACACGCUUCCCUGACUGGCCAAUCAAAGACCCGGUGAAACUACUGAAGGACAUCUUAGAGGCGUGGAAGAAGGAGGUGGAGAAGAAGCCUCCCAGCAUGUCACUGGACGAGGCUUUCAAUGUCCUCAACCUCAAGAAAGGCAGUGGCGGACAUGAAGAGUCCACAAUCAGAAAAGCAUACUUCAAACUGGCUCAGAAAUAUCAUCCUGACAAAAACCCAGAUGGACGGGAAAUGUUUGAGCAAGUGAACAAAGCGUACGAGUUCCUGUGCAGUAAGUCGAGGUUGAAGGACGGUCCUGACCCCCAGAACAUAGUAUUAAUACUCCAGGCGCAGUCUAUCCUCUUCAGCAGGUAUAAGGAUGACCUGGAACCAUACAAGUAUGCUGGAUAUCCAAUGCUGAUCAAAACCAUCCGUAUGGAGACAAACGACGAUUCCCUCUUCUCCAAGUCCGCCCCUCUGUUGUCAGCGGCAACAGAGCUAGCUUAUCACACAGUUAAAUGUUCGGCUCUUAAUGCUGAGGAACUACGCAGGGAACAUGGAAUACAGGUGCUACAGGAGGCGUUUGCCAGAUGUGUCAAUGUUCUUAGUCUGUCCAGUAAACAGGAUGAGGUGUCUGUUCAAGUAUGUAUGCAUGUUGUGAAAUGCUACUCUGUGGCAUCACAGUUUGAAGGAUGUCGGGAGAAAAUCCAGGAGAUUCCAGCCAUCAUCAAAGACGUUUGUAGAAUACUUUACUAUAAGAACCUUCCGCAGCUGUGUUCUGUAAUAGCGGAGUGUAUCAGUGCCUUUUCCGUGGACUUCUGGCUCCAGACCAACCUGUUUCAGUCAGGCGUCCUGUGGCAUCUGCUUCUGUACCUGUUUAAUUACGACUACACGCUGGAGGAGGGAGGUGUAGAGAAGAGCAAUGAAUCCAAUCAACAGGAGGUAUCUAAUCAGCUUGCUCGCCUCAGUAUAAGGGCGUGUUCCAGACUGGGUGGAUACCUACCAGAGAGUUCAGGCCUCGCAACGCCAGAAAAUGUUCCUGUCAAAAAGUCACUAACGGCUAUGAUCACACCAUUUUUAGCACGCAAAUUGGCCAAUGAACUUCCUUCAGAGCUGUUGAAGAUCUUGAACAGUAACACGGAGAAUCCAUACCUGAUUUGGGACAACGCUACACGGGCUCAGCUUAACGAGUACCUGGCGGACCAGCAACAGAACGUUGUCAGAACGGGGGAGAGUGAUCCCGACUACGGUUCUACAUUCGUGUUUGAUAUCCACGCCAAAGAAUUAAUUGUUGGAGAAAUAUUCGUGCGAAUCUACAAUGAGCAAUCAACCUUCCAGUUAGAUAACCCUAAAGGUUUUACGAUAGACCUUUUAGACUUCUUAGGAUCACAAGCACAGUACUUGCAUUCCCUAAUGAUGCUCCAGCAACAGAGCCAAAACUCUAGUCAGAACAAACAGAACGAUCGGCUAUCACAUGUAGAGAUGGCACUCGAAGGUCUCCGUAAUGUCAUCAAAAAUAAUCCAGGUGUAGAAAUCCAGUGUAUAGGGCACUUUAAACUCCUUUUCUGUCUCCUAAGACUGGACGAUUGUGCCAAACUGCAGCAGUUCGCUCUCGAGGUGGUUAGCUGCGUGACAACCAACCAGGAAUGUGUCAACGAUAUCGCAGCAUCUGAAGUACUGUCCUACCUUCUGCUCGCUAUCCAGAGUCUUCCCACAUGUCGACUGCUGACCCUGGAAAGCCUGUUUGCUCUUAUGUCCAGUACAAAGAUUGUGAAAGAGGCUCUAAGCAAGGGUGUGCCCGUGUACCUGUUAGACCUGUUCUGUAACUCUACCAACGCAGCGGUGCGAGAGAAAACUGCCGAGCUAAUCGCUAAGAUGUUGUCAGACAAAUUAGUAGGACCAAAACUUAGGAUAACCCUUGCCAAAUUCCUUCCUCCGAUAUUCAUGGAUGCCAUGCGGGACUCACCGGAGGCCAGUGUACAUAUGUUUGAAGGCACACAUGAAAAUCCAGAGUUAAUAUGGAACGACGAUUCCAGAGAGAAGGUGUCGGACGUGGUCAGGAAACUCAAGGACAGCCACUACAAGGCACAGCGAGACAAUCCUGACACCAGGUGGAGCUUGAGUGAGGACUUCGCUGUAGUAUACACUGACGUGGAAGGGGAGCUUACUGUUGGGGGUGUGUUCCUUCGGAUAUUCAUUUCCAAUCCUGGCUGGGUGCUCCGUAAGCCAAAAGAGUUUCUCACUGAACUCAUGGAGAAAUGGACACAACUUAUCAGCAUGCAAGCUCCGGACGGCGAGGUGCUAGAGACUGUGACGACAGGCGUGGUAUGUCUGUUCUCCUCACAGUCAUCAUUACUGGACCAGGUACCACAGUUAGGCUAUAUCCCUAAAGUGUUCCAGGCCAUGUCCAACCGAAACGACGCCAUCCCCAAGUCCGCCAUUCAGGUGGCGCACCAACUCGCCAACAACGAGAUAUGUAUACGCAGCAUGGCUCAGACAGAGUGUAUCGGCCCCAUUAAGGUAGCGAUGAGGGCGCGUCGUGAUCAGAUCGCGUUGGCUGCAGAAACACUCGCUAAGUUGUUUGAUAAGGGAGAGGAGGAACUUGUCUCACAGGCAGUAAAGGCCGAUAUUGUUCCGUUCCUCCUGAAGUUACUGGACGCUGGUCUGGAGCUGCUGGACAAUCCAUCAUCAACCAAAGCUCAAAUUGUCAAGGCACUCAAGGCAAUGCAGCGCAGUCUUAUAUACGGAGAACAGAUUACGGGGAUUUUGGACAAGUCGCCCAUCUGGAAAGAAUAUCGGGACCAGAAACAUGAUCUCUUUAUAUCAGACACACCCAUCGCCGGCUACCUAACAGACAAAGCCUCAGGUCCGACUGGCCCAAGCGUUGCUGGAUAUCUCACAGCAGGAACGAGAACCACCAUGCCCGAUGCUCCACCCCCUCUAGAAGCACCAGAGGAUCACUGAUUCAUCCCUAUGUAACAGACAUUUCCAUUGGCCGCUCUAGAUCAUGUGAUAAUUUUCAUUGCAAUCCAUACCUUCAAGUUUCUGCAAUAUUUUGUGAUAAGACAGUGAAUAGAAUGGAUUAUAUAUUUCAUGGACUAUAAAAAUCAUUGUAUAUGUGUGAUGAAUAUUCAUUAGUUAACUUACUUUACAUAUAAUGAAUAUUCAUAACUGUAAUUUCAUCAUCACAAUGUGUUAUGUAUUCAUUUUGUUUAUUAUAUAUAUAACGAAUAUUCACUACUUUGUUGACUUAAUGUGUAAAGAAUAUUCAUUAAUAGUAAUUACAUAAAUUGAUAUGUAAAAAAUGAAUAUUCAUUAAUUUGUUCAUUUUAUAUUAUUUGAUUAUUCAUUACCAGGUGUUCAAAUUUUACUCAUUCAAAGGAAGUUUUAAAAUAACUGAAGUAAAGAGUGUACUCGACACUGGCAAUAUCUUACAAAACAAGAGAUUUUCAUGUAAUGGAAAAUUUUGUCUUGUUUAUUAGAUGGUUCCAUAUUUCUGAAUCACCUGUCUAUUUAUAAACCUAUGAUUUAAUAUACAGGGCAUUCCACUUUAUAGCACUUGUCAUUUGUCAGAGAGAGAAAAAACAUGAUAUUAACCAAAUAGUGACAUUAAGAGAUGUGACAUUAAGUGAAAUGUAUUGUAAUUAAAAUAUGUGUAUUUUAUAUGAUGUGAUAUUUAAAAACCAAAACACAAAAGACUUGAAUUCAGAGGUUUUGUUAUUGAAAAUGUAUUAAGAUAUGGUAUCUAAAUACUUUGUUGGAUUCAUAGUACAUAAAUAUAUUGAACUCACAAAUAUGAACUUCAUUUGCAAUAUUGGAAUUGCAAAUUUGACCAAAGUUGAAGUUUGGAUGAUGUGACAAUGUGUUAGCUCUUGGUGUAAUGGUUACUCACCGUUCCAAAUGUUAAAUGUUAUGGAUGCAAAUUCAGGUAAGUGUGACUUUAACCGUUUCACCACUGUAAACCAUAAUGGACUCAUCCAGAUAAAUGUAUGGUAGAGUCUACUAAAGUUACCUAGGGGUGAAAG